GAAUCUAGACGGGAUUAGCGAGAGCAGACGCCGCCGAGCUGCUGAGGAGCUUCUCGGGCUUGAAUUUCUCGCCGACACUCGGACUGAAAUCGACAUUUCCGCACCAAGCGACGUGAGAGGAGAGGGAUGCGUGCAUUGCACCUGGCUGCUCGCCCUCUCCCUCCAUCUCCCGGUGCCGUUCAGUAGUAACGCUGCAGCAUCACCGUGCGCUCUGCUCAAUUUACGGGAUGACGAAGGGAACCGAGCCUCCUCACGUACCCACACGCUAAAGCCACGUUCAUGGACCGCAGGAAUCCGCACCACCGGCCUGGAAUCCCCUUGGUGGAGAGGACUUAGGAAGAUUUCGGUGAAUUAACCGUGCAUUGGUGACAUUAAUUGGAGUUCUCUCACCCUUUCCAGGCAUUCGCCCACCUGCUUAAAAAGACACUGUUGUGGGGUGAAUGUUUGCUCGGUGCUAUGGUUGACGGACAGACUCUCCAGCCGAUUCACCAUCUCGCCACCUCAAAUUAGUUUUGAAUGUUUUAACCAGCUCUUAUUGGAGAAGUGGACCCCUAACAUCCCCAUUUCAGCCUGCUGUAUAAUUGUGGUAGUCAGCAGUGAGUUUACAAUGACCUCAUCACCUUUAUUUCCUUUACUUCGUGUGUUAGCUGAGACAUUUGAAUAGUGUCCUCCACACCCAGUUCAGUUCUAAUAGGCCAUAGAAUUAAUUUAACCUCUGUAUUCUGCACAACAAAGGCAUUUAUCAUUUGGAAACCAUGAUGGUGGGAGCCGCCGUUGUCUUGCUGUCAAGGACUAGUGUGGUUUAACUGUUGUCAGUGACCCUCUCGUCGCUUACCCAUUGAGAAGGAGCAGAGCAAUAAUAACCUGGUGGUCCGCCAGCACGAUGGACUACCAUGCUGACUGCUGCCUCUGUGAUCCAGAGGAGGGUGACGGGGGCCCAGAGGAGCCACCGCUCCAUGGAAUCCACGCACCCAACCGGAUCCGCCCAUCCUCAUACCGAGCCCUGAGGAGCGCCGUGUCCAGCCUGGCCCGCAUCGAUGACUUCUUUUGCGAGAAGAUCGGCUCGGGCUUCUUCUCUGAGGUCUUUAAGGUGCAGCACCGGAUCACGGGCCAGGUGAUGGCGCUGAAAAUGAACACUCUGGCCAGCAACAAGGCUAACAUGCUACGAGAAGUGCAGCUGAUGAAUAGGCUUUGCCACCCUAAUAUACUCAGGUUUCUUGGGGUUUGUGUCCACGAGGGUCAGCUUCAUGCUCUAACUGAGUAUAUAAAUGGUGGGAACCUGGAGCAGCUGUUGGACAGUGAUCUGUACCUGUCAUGGGGCGUCAGAAUGGGUCUUUCUCUCGACAUUGCCAGAGGGCUGCAGUACCUACACAGCAAGGGAAUAUUCCACAGAGACCUCACCUCCAAGAACUGUCUGGUUCGCUGUGACAACGGUGUGUUCACUGCUGUGGUGGGAGACUUUGGCCUGGCAGAGAAGAUCCCUGAUUACAGUGAUGGCGCGGAGAAGCAGCCUCUGGCUAUUGUGGGCUCCCCUUAUUGGAUGGCCCCGGAAGUGCUGAGAGGAGAGCUGUAUGAUGAGAAGGUGGAUGUGUUUGCAUUUGGCAUUAUCCUGUGUGAGAUUAUUGCCAGGAUUGAAGCUGAUCCUGACUUCUUACCCAGGACAGAGGACUUUGGACUGGAUGUGGAGGCCUUUGAGAACAUGGUUGGUGACUGUCCACCUGCCCUCUUCAGCCUGGCUGUCACCUGCUGCAAUAUGAGUUCUGUGAGGCGUCCCACGUUCUCUGACAUUGUGUUCACACUGGAAGGGAUGGACAGAGGAGAGGAGGGAGAUCAAUCCAUCGCUCUCGAACCAGUGGCAGUAGAAGUCAGCCCCUACCGACGCCGUAGCUCUCCCUGUCAUCCUGGUGACCACCUCCAGCAACGUUUGUCAAGGAGCCAGUCGGACAUGCUGCCUUCUGUGCCCCUCACCCCUCCCCAUCUUGGGACACCUGGGAGGGUCAACCCCUUCUCUCUGAGACAGGACCUGAACGGUGGGCGGUGUAAACUCUUAGACACGCCAAGCAAGUCUGUGAUCUCCUUGACUUUUACGCUCCCAGCUCCUUGCGAUCCCUGUGCCUCUCCCCACCUUCUAAGAGGGACCCCAGGGACCAGAGCGCCCCCAAGGAGGUGUCAGUCCCUUCCCUGUACCCCUGAGCUUGGUCGGACCAUUACCUUGCCAAGAGGCCUGGACGGGAAGAGGGAAGCACAGGACGAAGAAGGUGGCAUGGCAGUCAAAGGACAUAUAGAGGACAAUGUGGAAGAUGAUGUGAGGAGGACAAAAGGGAUAUCACAGGAGGUGGACACAGUGGAUGAAGGGUUAGAGGUAGAACAGAGGGAGGAGAGAGGGAAAAGACAAUUGUCAAAGGAGGAAGAGGAAGAUAUGAUCGGAGAGGAUUCAGGUCAUCCUCUUGAACUGGAGAUGGUGUCUCUGGGACGACUAGAAGAGGAAGAGGAGGAAGAGGAGGAGAGUUUUUGUCAAACAGAGCCAAUGGACUGUACAAAGUCCCCAGAGCCAGUAGAAGGAGUGCUUGCCUCCACGCUGGGAAGACCUCUGCUCACUUCCACCUCCACUUCCUCUCUACAGACCAAUGGCUGGCGACUUCCCAUCUCCAACGGACCACCCUCCUUGCCUCCAUUGCCACGACUGGAUAAUAACAACGGUUCAACACUCAUGAUCGGACGGCAGGUACAAUGGGGAGGAGGGGGGCUGCUUAAUGGUUAUGGUGGAGCCCAAGUCCUUUCCUCUGAGCCUCCCGGCCAUUCAGAGCAGGACGAGGUCAUUUCCUGUCCAGGAUGUUGCCUGAUGGGGCUGAGUUUUCCUUCUGUGUGCCUCCGUGGUUCGGCUGCUGUGCCUGCCCCCCGGCGACGGGCAUCACUACCACGGCAACGACCCUACCGAAACCUCAACGGAACCGUCACUGGUGGCGCUGCUUCCUCGUCAACAACAGCUGCCACAGCAGCCAAAGCUCUACUGUGUCGCAGCACAAAUGGACUCGUAGUGGCCACUCCCUCGGUGCCCUGCGAGCCUGGCCGGCCUCUGCCAGAGGCCCAGACUUAGUUAGAAUUGGUUUUAAAGUUGUGAGAUGAACCAGCACUAAAUGCUAGCUAGCAACCAACCAGCCAACUUACCAACAAGACAUUUGUUGCUAUGCUACUACUGAAAACUGACUGCUGACUAUCAGCACCUGAGAGGUCUGCUGUUAAUAUGCUGAAAUUAUAGUGCAUGGAUGAGAGUGCCACUUGGUGGGCUAGAAGGAUAAAACUGACAAAAUCACUCUGACAGUCAGUGGCAUGGCUCUGUGUCACCAAGAUGUGGAUAAGCUGAAACAGCUUAUCUACACAGCUGAUCUACACAAAGUCAAAACAAAUGGAAUGGGUUGAACUUUGCUGAUCUGACACUUAACAGUCAGCAACAAUAACAUUGUACUGCCACUGGCAUGGUGCUGAUCCAAGUAGAGCAGCUAGACUGACUUCUAGUCAGGUACUGUCUAAUUCAGGAGCCAUGUGCCAUGGAGGGCCAAGAGGCUGCAGGUUUUCAUUCAAGCCAAAAUUACACCAGGUGAUGUCACUGAUUACCUCAGCUUCAAGCAGAGAGAAGGGACUAAUCAGUGAAAUCACCUGGUGGAGUUUUUGGUUGGAAUGAAAACCUGCAGCCUCUUGGCCCUCCAUAGCAUAUGGUUCAACACCCCUAGUCUAAUCUCUGCUGAACCAAAUCAAACUGAAGCUAGUCUGCACUGUACUGUGCUAGUCUAACUAUAUAGUUAGUUACAUUCUGAAGCUGCAGUUUGCAAAAUAGGACCAGGGCUGGUUUAAAGUCCCUCACACCAAGCCGAUGGCUGGGUGUCUGUCGCCAAUGUUCGCGCUUAACUUGUGCUGCGUGUCUCACACCAUCAGACAUCAUCAGAGGCUGAUCGGCCGAUUCCGCAUGUUGAAUCAGCAGCAGGCCUUCGGUGAGAAAAAGCUCUCUCAGUGGCUGUUCAGCCUAAGCAAAACAGGGCAUAAGAAGAGAAGAGGAAAUUAGUUUGUGUUGAACAGACCAUUUUAAAGGUCCCAUUUAAGUGUAACAGAGCUGUUCCAGUGCUCUGUUACACCUAAAUGGAGCUGAACCUUAAUUGAUGUCAUUAGUAACACCUGUGUUUACCCUGCUAUUUCAUGUCAAAAUGGCUGCUGUGACAAAAGAUCUAUUAGCUAACCUGCUAGCUAGUUAGCAUACCUUUUGAACAGAUUCAGAGUUGUUUUACGUACUUACACCAGUUUAUUUCUCAUCUCUCCACAAUCCUGAUGUUUCCAGAUUUUAAUUAUUAAUAAAGACCACUGCCCCCUCCUGUUAUGGAGAGUUAUUUCUUCUCAGCAGAGUGCAGAAUGCACUAGCCUGUUGGCCUUCAACGGCAUAUUUGUGUACAAAUUUACAGCUUUUAGCAAAGCGAUCUGACCGUCAGCCUCAGUUGGCGCUAGGCCUUUGACGUCGGCUUGUUGUGUCCCGGUCAUCAUAUUGUUCAACAUUUGUACAGAACACACAAAAUUUAAAAAAUGUGUAACUGCAGUGCUUUCUGUGUUUUUUUUUUUUUUGUUUGUUUUGUUUUGUUUUUUUUUUAAGCAGUGGUGGAUUUAAAAAGAUGUAUUUUUAUUUGAACAGCUUAUAAGCAUUUUUGUAAUGUAAUUAUGGGUUGAAUUUAGGGGGAUAAUUUUUAACACAUGAAUAAUACUGGAUGGAAAUAUAUAUGCUAUGCUGCACUGUUGAUAGCCUGGUCCAACAUUCAGUGUGGUUUGGAAGAGAGAAAUGACGAUGCCAGCACAGCAAAGGGGUAGGUACAAAAUUAUCAUAUGAAAACACUGUAACUGUUUUUGAUUCUAUGAAAUAUACUAAAAUUAACAGUAGCUACAGGGAAAACAUUUAUAAAGUAAAGAUGAUAUACUUCCUACAUUUUUUUUUUUUUUAUAGCAGCUCACCUGUAUGUACGUGUGUGUGUGUGUGUGUGUGUGUGUGUGUGUGUGUGAGUAAGUGUGUGUGUGUGUGUGUGUAAGUGUGUGAGAAAGUCAAUUUGGGGGAUUUAAAGGAAGAACAUCUUGUCACCUUUAACUUAUUUAUUUUGGCACCUCUUUCUGGAGCACUUUGCAUCAAAAACAACAGGCUUUUACAAGAUGGUGCUUUAUAUGAAUAUGUACUGCUACAAACGUUUCAUCCUUUAACAUCCACUCUGCUUCACAUGUAUAGCGUGUAUGUUUAUGUGCAUUUUGAUUAUGCAGCUGUAACUUUUAAACAAUGGCAUGUUAAGCAGGUAUGAUUAUUUAUUGUACAGAUCAUUUCACACACUGUGUGUGUAUGUGUAUUUGAGAGAAAGACGGAGUGAUGGAUACUCAUAACAUUUCAGAUGUUAAUGUUUUUCUGGUCAUUUUCAUGUUCUGUUCCUAUAUGGCUAGAAACCUGUUUGCAAUAAUCCGAUAUUAAAGUACAAUUGUGCAAAAAUCUU